AGAAGACGAGUCACACUAAUCUCCCUAUCAUAUCCAAUACCUUUUGCCUUGCACCUGUCAGGGUUGUAGGAGCCAAUUUUUUCUAUUAGCAGGGAAGAAAGGCUUAAGCUUUUGAGUAGCCAGCACUGAAAAGCAUUGAAAUCGCAGGUAAGAUUCUGAAUUAUAACAAGCCGUCGAGAAGAAGAAGAAGGCUGAAACUAAGAUUCUGAAGAAGGCGGAUAGCAAUUGCCAUGGAGAGUCUUCUCAAUCGGAUGAAAAAUUAAAGUGAGUGUGCACCAGCCACCAGGUACUAGCGUCCGCACCGCUGCGAGCCUCCGCCGGCUACAGCGCGCUUCCCUGCCUUCUACCGCACCUGCACACCGGGAAACUCUGAGUUCUGUCUUUCCAGCUACUACUUAGCUAGAAUCAGAAGCACAAUUACCCUCGUGGUUCCUCUCUUGGUCCUUCCUUUUUAAGGUCGUUACAUUUUUAUAAGCCGAAGAUAUCAGAAUCUCUACCUCGAUGGUGAAGUCUAAGACUCAAUCAAAGAAGCAGCAAAAGCGUGGUGUCGAUUUUAAAAAAAUCAAAAGAAAAGUUGGCAGAAAAUUGCCUCCCCCAAAGAACUCUACAAACACAGAAAUCAAAUCCAAAGCCAUUGUGCUUCCCGAGCAGAGUGUAUCUUUGGAGAAAGCAGGUUUAGCUGUGAGUAAGAAAGGAUUAACUCUGAAGGAGCUUCUUCAACAAACAAGUCAUCAUAAUGCUAAAGUCCGUAAAGAUGCAUUGGUUGGAGUCAAGGAUGUAUUUCUUAAAUACCCAAUUGAAUUAAAGCUUCACAAACUUGCUGUUAUAGAGAAACUGCGUGAACGCAUUAGCGAUGAUGAUAAGUUGGUCCGUGAAACGCUAUAUCAACUGUUUAAGUCGGUGAUCUUACCUGGAUGCAAAGAGGAUGUAAAGGGGGCUUUUAUUUCCCUGAUAAUGGUGUACAUUUUGAGCGCAAUGACAAGCCUAACAAUAGAUGUGAGACUAAUGGCUUUCAAAUUUUUUGACCUUGUCAUCCAAAGUUAUCCCUCUUCAUUUUCCCUUUACUCUGAAAAGAUCCUUCAAAAUUAUGGAGACAUUUUGCAGAAGAACACAUAUCACCUACAUGAUAAAGGAAAGCUUAAGAUUGCUCUUUCUGGGUUGACGCACUGCUUAGCAUUGCUGCCUUUCAAAAACAGAAGUGCAGGUCUCUCAGCAGAUAAGAAUGAUUCUCCCAUUCAAGUGACGUUGCAUGCUUUUAUUCCUGACAUGUCAAGUCACUCCUCUGGGAUUUCAAGCUUUGGUGUCGUGGAGAAAUUGAUGAAACUGUUACCUGCUCUUGUUGGUUGUUUUCAGGACUUCAUUCCCUUGUUUCAUACUACGGCCCAAGUAGACACUCAAUCAUAUGAUUGUAUGCUACUUAUACUUCAAAACAUAGAUCUUCUCGUCAGAUUUUUUAUUGAAGCCUCUGAUAAGAAGAGUCAACAAGACUUGAGAAAUGAACUUCCUAGUAGCCACAGUCGGGGUAGUAAUUGGGCUCACAGCAUUUCUCCGUCGGUUCUAAAGAAGCUUUGGGAUGAGUUUCCUUUUAACACUGGUCAUGGCCUCUUAGAGAAGGGCAAUGAUCGUUAUUUCAUGUUGAAUAUUGUAAUUACAGAAAUAUUUUUGAAGUUGAGUAAUGUGAAUCACCCACCCCCUGCAUUGAUGGAGAAAUUUCUGGAGUUCAUUGAAAGUUCAUUUUGUGGAAAGUUUUGCCACCGCAAGGAGUCUGGUAAAGUAAUAAUUCAUGAAAAGCAAUUGCUUGCGUUGGUGUCAUUCAUUCCAGAACUUGUUACACUUUUGUCUGGUGAUUUUUGGAAGUAUCGCAUUCUUCAGGCUUUCUCUGAUACUUUCAAGAUUUGCAGUCCAGAGUCCUCAAUGAAAUUAGCUUGCCUUUCUGCAAUUGAAGAAAUGAUGUUCUCCGACAAAGACGGUUACUUAGAUACAAGUGAUCCUAAAAUGCUAGCUUAUCAACUUUCUUGGAUAAAGGAGCUCCCUUCGCUGCUUAUUGUUUUAGGUGAUAAACAUCCAUUAACUUCUAAGACAGUGUUGCGUCUUCAACUUCGCAUAGGACAAACCGCUCAUUUAGAUUCUACAUUUGCAAAGGAAUAUGAUGAUAUGCAGUAUAUACUAAGAAGUUUUUAUAGCACAACCCUCGGUGAAGGAGGUGUUGCAUAUGGUCCUUUCAUGACACUAUCAAAAGACAUUCAAGAGCUUUCGCUUUGUUGCCUAUAUUACUUCUCUUCCCUGGACACGACGAUUCUUAAGUCAUUAGUUCUAUGCUGCCUUUCUCAUGAUCUGGAACCAUUUUUACUUCUUCGCAUUUUAGAAAUUCUCCACACAGCUUCUAAAGCUGGACGUAUCCAGAUUGCAGAUUACAUUAGUUUUUUAAUCACGUUGGUUUCACAUUUCCGUAGUUAUCCUGAGAAAAUCAGUUCUUUAGAGGAUGGAAAAUCAAUCCAUGGAGCCUUUCAACCGGUUAUAAGUGCAGUUUGCUCUUGUUUGUCACACAUCGGUGAUAACUGUCUUAUUUUCCAGAUGGUGGAGAAAGUAAUAAUUGAUCAGAUUUAUCUUAGCCCUCCGAAAGAUAACAUGAAUGCUCUUCUAAGGAUUCUUACCACAAUAGAUACAGUUCCAACAAGACUUUCGGGACAUAGCAUCGACAAGCUUUGCCAUGUUCUUCCAAAGUAUUUAUUACUAGUUGCAUCUGAUCUUCCAGAAGAAGUUAACAAGCAGAAUUCGAUCUUGAGUUUGAAGAAAAGUCAGUAUUACCUUCUUCCUUGCUUCUUUCUAUUCCAUAGAAGCAGUAGACUCUUAAGUGAUGUUCUGAAAGGGCUGGGAUCAUUGUUGGCUGUAAAUGGUUCUCCGACUUUGUCUCGACGAGAUAUUGAAUUCGUUCCAGCAAUAAUUAACCACAAAAGCAGUCUUGUGUCAAGUUUGGUGUCUCUUCUCCUGCUUCUGCUUACCGAUACUAGAAUGAGGCGACUACUCUCUUCGUGCAAGGCUGAGAUCAAGAUCAUCUCACAAUGUCUAGCUACUCGUCUGUCUCCAGAUUCCAGUAACAUGAGUCUAGAAGAAAGGCACGAAGUACAGAGAGCUUAUGAUAAGCUAAAAACCGUGACUGCUGUUCUUCUAGCUUAGCCAUUCCAACCUAAUCAGGAUGUAAUGUGUUCCUACACAUAAUAUGUUUGCUUUUUUGAACUUUUUUAAUUUAUUAUUCAUAAAUAUAGUUAAAAUUAUUGAGAAUCCAGAUUGUAAUAUACAACGUUUUGCACUGGUGUAUAAUAGAGAGGAAAAAAGCAUUUUUUUAAAAAAUUCCUCGUUAUGGCUUAUGGGAACAAAAUUGUGAUGCAAGUGCAAUAUACGGUUUCAAU